GAUUUUUAGAGAAGAUAUUUAUGUGCGGAUUCAACUCUGAGGUGACCUGAGAAGGUGCAGAUUGCCCAGCUCUCUUCAUACAUAUUGUACAUUUCGAAGAGAAUCUCUAUUCACGCGCACGAAAGGUCUUCCAUCAGUCAUCAUGCCUCGAAUUCGUCUUGAAGAUAUCCAGCACAAUAGCGAGGAGCUGUUGACCCAUUCAGGGGAAGCUGCUCGAAAGGGUGUAUCUUGGUUUUGGCAUGGCUUUACCGACUGGGUCCUUCAAGACAACAUUAUUGAGGUCGCUGUAGGAUUGAUACUUGCUGCAGCCUUCACAACAGUAGUGACCUCAUUUGUCUCAGAUAUUCUACUGCCACCCCUCUCGCUGCUACCCUUCAUCAAUCGUAACAUGGAAGAGAAGUUUGCAGUUCUGAGAAGCGGCCCAAAUUAUAACCACACCAUGGCAAUUGGCUACAACACCCAAAAACAAGCUGUAGACGAUGGUGCUGUGGUCUUAGCUUAUGGAGCUUUCCUCAAUAAGAUGUUCAACUUCGUUGGCGUUGGGCUUUCACUUUACUUACUUGCAAGCCUGUAUGAGUUCUUCUCGAAAGACACAGUCAUCAAGUAUCAAGUGAAGUGUCCAUACUGCCGAAAGCGGAUUAGUCAGAAGGCUAAACGCUGCGUUAAUUGUACUAGCUGGCUAGAUGGACGAGAAGAUAAAUAGAGAGCACAGAGCCAAGUCAGAUCACGUGCAUGACCAUACUUUUGAGCCAGAGAUUGCAUGGUCCCUUCUUGCGUUGUACAUUUGCACCUGCUUAGCAUUCCACGUCUGUUCAUACACUUUCUGCAAUACAUAAGCAUACAUACAAAGCACACCCCUUGAGUAGCAUACACCUUAUCUUUGUUGUUGCCUCCCAACCCCACCGCCACUCCUCAGCAACCUCUCCACUUCCGUCCCAACAACAGUAACGAACUUCAC